AUCUACUUAGUCAUCUACCCCCGUUUUCCUUUGUGUUUGCUACUUCUCUUCUCGCGCGUUUCCACUGAAUACAUAUCUACUUGCUGUACCCCGCGAUACCCUCACUUUGACCCCACCAGCAAACCCUCCACCCUACAGCAUUCCCACCUGCAGCGCCAACGAACAGCGCAAGUGAAUGAGCUAUCGUUGGACUCGCACGGAAAUCUGAUCGGGUCAAGUUCUUCAGCUUAGUGCAGAUCAGGGAAUUAUAAAAAACCACCUCCAUAAGCCUGCGGGCGCCCCUCAACCACCAGAUCCGCCGCCGCCACCCCACCACUCAACUCAACCUUCAUCGUUCCCGCCACAUCCCAGGCUCGAGCCCACCGCACGCUAUGGCCUCUUCUCAAUCUGCCGCCGCAGGCCUUCUCGCUCGCCAGCUCAAGCUGUUGCAGAAUGACAAGGACAUACCGGGCAUUUCUUGCGGGCUUGUUGACAACAAUGUCUUUGAAUGGGAAGUCAUGCUCAUGAUCAACGACGACACAAAGUUUUACGGUGGAGGCUUUUUUCGCGCCCGUCUCACCUUCCCGACCGAAUACCCGUUGCUGCCGCCCAAAAUGCGCUUCGAAACCCCCAUCUUCCACCCAAACAUAUACCCCAACGGCGACGUCUGUAUAUCCAUCCUGCACCCACCCGAGGAGGACAAGUAUGGUUACGAGUCGGCGUCGGAGAGAUGGUCCCCUGUCCAGACUCCGGAGACCAUCUUGCUGUCCGUCAUUUCUAUGCUUAGUAGCCCAAACGAUGAGUCGCCCGCCAAUGUGGAGGCCGCCGCGCUGUGGCGGGAUAACACGCCCGAGUUCAAGAAGCGCGUGAGGAAGUGUGUGAGGGACAGUCUAGAAUUUGAAUAG